AUGACAGAUAACGUGUCAAAGAAUAAAGUUCAUUUAAAAAAUGUAUUUAAAUGCACAGACAAGAAAAUAAAAAUAUUUAAGUAUUAUUUAAAGAGCAAGUUAAAAGUGAAAUCCUAUACACUGGGAGAAUUUUCCCUUAUGCAUGAUGAGAAAUUUAGGAAAAUAUUUUUAUCUAACAUAUUAAAAGAUCAUGUAAUAGCAAAAAAGAAAAAAGAUAAGCUGUUUCUUAUAAAUGAAAUAGUCAUAGAUAAAACAUUUUUUCAAGAUGAUUUUUACUUUCAAUAUUUUUUAGAAAAUGUAUUAUUAUUAGAAGACUUACUUUUGAAAAAGCUAGAAAACAAUUUAAGGGAAGAUUUUUUUUUUAAGGAAAAAAACUACUCCAUAUGUAAUUGGAAGCAAUGUUAUAGUCAUAUAAAGAAAAAAUUAAAUGAAAAAGGAAUAGACAAAAAAAGCAAAAUAUAUAAAAAUUCUGUUCUAUUAUUCAAUUCUACCAAAUUUUCGUAUGAAGACAAAAAUUGUUGUGAUUUCUUUUAUAGUUUAAAAGUGUGGGAUAUAUUUUUCAAUUAUGUAUCUUUUGAUUUCUUAAAUUAUUUAUUGUCUAAUACACUUAUAUUCAUAUCCGAUUUUUUUUUUAUUAACUCGUAUGAAAGAUCGACUGUUCAAAAUUCCUUUUGCAUAAUUAUCAGUCAUAUUGAAUUAAAAUAUGAAGACAGUAAAGAAAUAGAACACAGAUUAUUUUCUAAAAAGAGAAAGCUAUUUUACAAUACCAAACAAGUAAAAAUAAUUUAUGAAAAAGGGAAUAAGAGACAAAGGAAACAUGAACAGAAGAUAAUUAAAAAAUAUUCUAUAAAAGAUUAUGCAAUGAAAGAGGAGCAAAAAUAUGAAGGGGAACAACAACAACAACAACAACAAGCAGACUGGACAAGAAAUGUAAUAGUAAUAAAGAAGGAUUUGGCAGUAGAUAAAAAUAAGGAAAGGAUGAACAGAAAUACAAUUAUAAACCUAUGUACAGUUAAGCGAGAGAAGGAAAAUAUAUAUGAGCAGGUAAGUAAUGAGGGUAAGGAGUAUGAUAUAAACAUUUGUGAACACAAAAAGUGUAAGGUGAAAUUUAAUGGAGGGAAGUAUUGGGAGAAUUAUGGGGAGAACCAUGAGGAGAAGUUUGAGGAGAAGUACAAGACGAAAUAUGAGGAGCAGCAUGAAAUGAAGUUUCAGGAGAAGUAUGAACCGAUGUAUGGGACGAAGUGUGAUACUCAGUUAAGUGAGCUGUGUGAUGGGAUAAAAAGCGAAUUAAAAAAAGGAGAGAAUGAAAACAUGCAGGAAAUUUUAAUGAAGGAGAAGCAAAAGGAAAAAGAAGAAAUUAUGAAUACACACCAUUUUAUGCGGCUUAUGGGAAAAAGAAGAAUAGAAGAUACUGUUGGAGAAACAAAGACCUAUGGAAUAGUUAAGAAAAGAAAGGUUUUUAAUCAGAACAAUUUUGAAAAAAACGAAAGAAAAAUUGAACCACAAAAUGUUUCAGAAAGAAAUACAUACGAGAGAAAUAGUGUAGCAAUAAACUUAAGGUUAAAGAAAAAAUAUAAAUAUUUAUUUAAAAGGAGGAAAGAAGGUUUUACCGCUAGUCACUGCCAUUCGUGCGAGAAGUACUUGUAUUUAAUUCAAUGUAGUGGUAGGAUUUUAAAGAAUGAAUUUCUAAAAGAGAUGAAAGAAAUGCAAAAGGAGGAGGAUGAUAAAGGAUGUAGGGGAGAAGCAAGGCAAAGCGAAAUGAACAAAGUAACGGAGGUGGAGGAAUGCAAGAGUGAAUCUUGGAAGAGAGGAAUGAGCAGAGUAGUAGAGAUGGAAGAAUGUAGGAGUGAGGCUGGGCAAAGAGGAAUGAACAGAGUAGUAGAGAUGGAAGAAUGUAGGAGUGAGGCUGGGCAAAGAGGAAUGAACAGAGUAGUAGAGAUGGAAGAAUGUAGGAGUGAGGAUGGUCAAAGAGGAAUGAACAUAGUAGUAGAGAUGGAAGAAUGUAGGAGUGAGGAUGGGCAAAGAGGAAUGAACAGAGUAGUAGAGAUGAAAGAAUGUAGGAAUGAAUCAGGGCAGAGGGGAACAAGCAGAGUAGAAGAGAUGGAGGAAAGUGGGGAAGAAGCAGGGAAACAAGAAAUGAGCAGAGUAGCGGAGGAGGAACAGAGUAGCAGUGAAUCGGCGUGGGUGGAAGGCGAAAAAAGUAAAAGCAGUACAAAAUUAAAGGAGAUAAAUACGAAUAACUUACUGGAGAUAGACUUAUUUUUUGAGUCUGAAAAAAAAGAAGGGGAAGAGUUUAGUAAUAAUAAUAGUAAGAUGAAAUAUUCUUCUAAUGAGGAAAAACAAGUUAGCGAAAAAAAAAAGUGGAAUAAAAUAAUAAUAAAUAGAAAUAAUAUUCUGCAGCAUAAUACAACUAAUAAAUAUAAAAACUUUCUAUUUAAUAAAUGGAUAAUUUUUGACAAAAUAGAAAAUACGUCUUUAUUUAUAUAUCAUUUAUUGAACUAUAUUUUUAAGUCAGAUCAGAAAUAUUUUUUUCAUAAUAAUUUUAUAGACGAAUAUAAACAAAAAAUUUCGAAACAAAGAAAAUGCAACACAAAGAAAAAUGAUAUAUCUUUUAUUAUACUGAAGAAGGAAAAUCAGUCACCUGGUAUAAGAGAAAAUAAAAAAAAUAAUAAAAUAUCUUCACGUUUGAAAAAAACAAAAAUCCUCAAGUAUGUGUAUUACCAUUUUGAAGAAUUUAUAAAUAACGUAAGGAGUACAAAUUUUGAAAAAAUAUACAAUAAAUUUUUUCCAAAAAAUAAAAUAAACAAUAAAAUAGUCAAAAUUUUUAAGACAAUAAAAUCAUUAAUUAUAAAAAAAUAUCGUAUUAUAAAUAUUAGAAAAAAUCGGAAAUUUUUAAAGCAAAAAACGUAUGAUUUUUUUUUUAAAAAUUAUAAUUUUCUUUCUUUUUCUUUUAAAACUUAUCAUGUGAUAGACUUUGUUGUAUUUAUUACUAAAAAAUGUGUACCUGUUAAGUUACUAGGCAAUAGGCAUAAUUUCAAAAUUUUUUUAAAAAAUGUUAAAAAUUUUUUAUUAUUUAAUUAUAAGGAGAGUUUUUCUAUGGAUCAGGUUAUGAAAAACAUAAAAGUUAAAAAUAUUUUCCAGAAGGAAUUAAAUAAAGGUAAUUGUAAUAUUAAGAAGUCGAGGGCAAAAUUACAAAUUAGGAGAGAUACACAUAUGGGAAUCUCAUUAACAAAUGAUUCUGAAAAUGCAUCAAAUGGAAAGGAUGAUAUAGAAAACGAUAGAAUGGAUUUAAAAAAAAAAAAAAAAAAAGACACAUUAAUUAAAUUUUGCUUGAAUAAAAAUUAUCUUUUCGAAAAACUAAAAAGAAAAUAUAAGGUUAGCAAAUAUAAAAAAAUUAAUAUUGCAAUUCAAAAAAGACAUCUUAUGAACAGAUUAAUAUAUUUUCUCUUUAAUUAUUUUAUUAUGCCUUUAAUUCGGAAAUUUUUUUUCCUGACCAAGUCAGAACAUACCAUUUAUAAAACGAUCUUUUUUGAUAGAAAAAUAUGGAACUAUUUUACGAAAAUUUCGAAUUUUUGUUUGUAUCAUCAAACUUUUACAAGUAAAAAAUUGAAAAAAAAAAAGGAGAAAAUCGAAUAUGCGGGGGAGGUUCAGAUGAAUAUACAAAAAAGGAGAACAAAUAAAUUGAAUAGGCGAAAAAAGAAAAGUUGUAAUAAAUUCGCCAGAAAGUUAUCACGUAACAAGACAAUAAGAGAGAAGGUGAAAAAAUGUACUCCUUAUGACGCAGUAAGUAUCAGGGGGGAAAUUUCACAAUGGAACGAUCUGCAUAAUAGAAAGGUUGACGAAAAAAAAUGCAUUGGACGAUACUCUGCACUAAUGGGCUUAUGCCAUGUAGCAGACCACCCACGAGACAGAGCAAACAGAGUGAAAGAAGCGAACGGAAUAAAAGAACCAACAAACUUUGUUAAGCCAAAAAAAUUAUACAAGUGCAUAGAUGAUUUAUACAAGAUAAAAGAGCUUAAUAAGAAAAAGGUUAAACCUUAUUUAAACAAGUUUUACUACAAAAUGAGAAAGAAAUAUUUCUCAAUAAGGAAAAAAUAUAUUGCAAAAAAGGCGAAAUUGAUGCCUAGCUCGAUAAUACACUUCACUACUUAUAUUAAUUUUUUGAACGACAAGGAGCAACUUUUGAGGUACGUAAGUAAAAGGUUUUUUAAACAAAAGAAAGUGAACUAUGUUAGAAUGUUUUACAAAUUGGCUAAAAAGGUAAGAAAGAAAAUUUGUAAUAUUAGUGGUAAUGGAAGCGAUAUUAGAAGCGGCAUUGGAAGAAAUAGUGCUAUCAGCAAUGGCAGUAGGAGUGGCAAUGGCAAUAGGAGUGGCAAUGGUUGUAGUAGUAGCAAUGGUUGUAGUAGUAGCAGUUGCCUGCACGGUAAUAAUAAGCUGAAGCGUAAAAGACGCAGCUGCAGUGAUGGGGCUAGCGGACUGAGAACAAAUAAAAGGAAAAAUUCACUUCUCGUUGUUGAUGCUAACACGCUGUUUAAUUUAAAAAAAAAUAAUGGCAAAAUGGUAUCCGAGAUAAAGUGCAUUAACGAAUCAAGUGAUACCUACAAACAUAAUGAUAAAAUCAAGAAAAAAAUAUACAUUUAUAAGUUAAAAAAUAUGAUAGAGAAACGAAAUUUUUACAUUAAAUUUAAUUCAAUUAAUAACUUUUUUUCAAAAAAAUUAAGAAUAAAUUGGGUGCCAAAAAAGAAGAAAGGACUAAGACCUCUUAUCAAUCUUUCCACUUUAAACAUUCCUGAAUGUGUAAAAAAUCGAAUUAGAGAAAUUUUGAAAAAUAGGAAAAGUAGUGAAUUUUAUUUUCAUAACAUUCUGAAUAAUUUAGAAAGAGAAAAGGAAAAAAAUGUAAAAAAUAGAAAAAAAUAUAAUCGAAAAAAUUAUAAUCCUUUAUCUAUAAAUAAUAUUUGUAAUUUUUCCUUAAAAUGUUUAGGUAAUGUAAGACAUAAUAAUAAUAAUUCAUUAUUUAAAAAUACCUUAACAAAAACGAAUGAAAUAGAAGUAAAGUUAAAAUUGUGGCUACAUUAUAUAAAGAAUUAUUUUUAUCAUAAGAAGAAAAAUAAAAAGUUUAUAAAAAACAAAUUAAAAAAUAAAAAAAAGGUAUAUGCAUACAUAUGUGUCGGAGAUUUUUCGAAUUGUUAUGAACAUAUCAAUCAUAAUUAUUUAUUUAAAAUUUUAAAAGAUUUUUUACAAGAUAUUUCUAAUUUUGAAUUUAUAUAUUUAUUUAAAAGAUCCUUUCGUUUAUAUAAUUCUCAUUUAAAUAAUUCCCUACUAACUUAUUAUCCUGUUAAUGUAAAAAGUUUUGGUCUACAUUAUAUUAGAAACUUAAGAGAAUUAAUCAUCAAAUCGAAUACACAUUACUUCCAUAAUUUUUUACUCAAACAAUUAUUUAAAAGUACUUCGGCAUCUGACUUUUAUAUUUUUGCUGAUUCGUAUAAAAGUGUCCUAGUAGAAAAGAGGGAUAUAUUCAUGACUAUUAUAACCAUCAUUAGGUAUUAUUACCUUAAUAUAUAUUUUAGCAUAAAAGAAAUAAAACUCAAAAGAAACAAUAUAUUUUAUUUUCAAAUAUUUAAAGAGGAUAAAAACAAAGACAACCACCUAAAUAUCUCUAACUUAAUAGAAAUGCAAAAGAUUAGGAAAUUCUACGUACAGAUAAGCCCAAAGGAGGUAAAGCAGCAAAUAGGGCAGAUACAUGUACCAAACGGUGUAGAGAGGACAAAACAAGCUGGUGAAUUGACAAAAAUUGAUAGAGAACUAUGCGAAGAGCUCAACAUAUAUACUGCUUCUUCUACAUCCUUUGUACCCACGGCUAUGGGGGGAAGGAAAACCAAUGCGAAUGAAAUGAAUUCAUUCUGCUUAACCAAAACGGAAGAUACGUAUGUAUGUAGGAUUUGUAAAGGUAUAGACAACAGAAAAGAUAGUGAUAGAAUAAACGAUGCAGACAGUCAUAGUGAUAGUAAGGCUAACACCACUUUGUUAGAAAAGUAUAAAAGGGAGAACAAUGACAACUGUGUGCCAUUUUGUAGUAAUAAAGAUUUUUAUACCUUAGAUAAAACAGAAGAGACUAAUAAAACAUAUUCACAUAAAAAUUUAACCUUUUUAGAUAAAAAAAUUAUCAGCAAUAUAUGUGGGUUGCCACAGGGAUUUAGUUUGUCUAAUAUUUUGUGUUCCCUAUAUUAUGCAUAUUUAGAUAAAAAUGAUGAAUUUCAAAAUAUACUACAUUCAGAUAAACAGAAAUAUAAUAGAUCUUAUUUAUGUAGGAGAAUGGAAAUGUGUGGUUAUGAAAAUUUGAAUUCUCUUCUAAUUAGAUUUAUAGACGAUUUUUUAUUUAUUACACUUAAUAAAAAUCAUAUGAAGAAUUUUAAAAACUUGUUACUGAAAAAAAAAAUUUGGGGAAGGAAUAUCAAUUCUUCAAAAACGAAGAUUUUCAAAUUUCCAUUAAUUUAUAAAAAUGAAUUACUAACGUAUGACAUGGGUACAGAACAGGAGAAAAAUAAAAGAGCUAUAAAAAUAGAAAAGAAAAAAAAAAAAAAAAGAGAAAAAAAAGCAGAAGAAAAAAUAGAAAAAAUAAAAGAAACAAAUUUCACUUGGGUUUCAUCACAACCAUAUAAAACGUUCAUCAUGUGUAAAACUGGGUCUCCAUUAAGUAGUGAAGGGAAUAGUAUGGUAAGUUUUUCUACCGGCACUACUAUAUGCAGCCGCGCUGGGAAGGGCGAUAUACAUAGCUCUAAUAAUUUUACUUUAGAAUGCGAGAAGGGUGAAGGUCUGAUACAUGGGGAAAAAACGAGCAAGACUGAUAGCACGUGUAACAUGAGUAAUACUAACAUGGAGAAAGGAAAAAAAAAAAAAAAAAAAAAAAAAAGCCUCUCAGUACCCGAAAUUAAGGAAGCCAUCAAACUGCUGUAUAAGAAAAGGAAAAGACUGACCGGAAUUUGCCAUGAAGAGAAAAGGAUUAAAUUUAAAAAGUAUAUCAAAAGAUUGAAAAAGUUAAGAAGAAAAGAGGGCAAAAGAGCCAAAAGGAGUAACAGGAGCGGUAACCUAAAUAACUCCACAGAGGAUAUUGCUACUAUCACCCCUGUUCCAUCCGUAGAGUGGCUUAACAACUCGUACACAUUUGAUUUCGUAAAUAACUGUAUUCAUAGUACAUCCUACCUGUGGAAAAAUAAAAAGGAUGCAACAAUCAGAAAUCACGUGCACUUGAAUAAUGUAAUUAUAGAAAAAGGUAACAAGAUAAAUUUCAUGAAAUUAUUAGUAGAAAAUAGAAUAAUACGAAAUGUCAUAUCAAAACAAAAAAGAAAUAAAUCGUUAUAUAAAAAUAAGCAGAAUAUUUAUUUCUGUUAUAAAAAUUGUUUUAUUUUAUUAAAAACGUCUAUAUUAAAAUUUAUUUGUUCCAUUAAGACUUUGAAAAAAUUGUUUAAUGCUUUUUAUAAUGCCAACUAUAAUAUCAAAUUUAUACUACACCUUAUUACGUAUAUGAAAAAAUCUCUUGUGAAAAAUAAAAAGUUAAAAUUUGUUAAAUUAUUUUUAAUUGAAACUGCCAUAGAAUCAUUGCUAUAUGCUAAAGUCUUUGUUCCAAAUAAUUAUGCUUACUACCCUUGCCUCAAACUGCUCAAAAAAAUUAAAAGAAGACUAAUACGUACAUACAAAAGAAGAAACAAAAAUAAGGAGCUCUUAUCUCACUUUUAUAAUUUAUUUUAUCUUAUCAAACAAGAGUUGUUUAAUUCGUGGCCAUACAUGUUUAAAAUUCGGAAGUCCAACGGGAAAAAAAAAAAAAAAAAAAAAAAAGGAAGAAAAGUGGCGAAAACAGGAAAAACAAACAAAACGUGA